UCAGGGGUAGCUUUUAUAGACGUCUCCCACUACUCUGCUUCUGUAAAAGCUUUCUGCCCUCUCUCCUCCUUAAUUCAAACUUCUCUCUAACUUCUAUUGUAAGUAUAUUUUUUAUUCAUCAUAUCCUUGUUUUUCUCAACCCUGCGGCCAGUGCUGGGAGAGUAAGGGAGUCGGACUGCCUUGGUGACCAUGCACUUCAGGGGCCGUUGUCCCACUUUGUUGUUGCUGCUACCUCUUUGGCUGCUGGAGAACGUGCACGAGGUGGCAGGGCAGGAGAGGGGGUACAUGCAGGAGGCUCUCAGGGCCUUGAAUCUGCCCCUGGGUGCCGAUGACAAGCCACAGCUCCUGAGGAACCACACCAGUAUCCUGAUAACCGAGCUCCUCCGGGCAGUGAACUGUGCAGAGCAGACUGGUACCUCUCAGGACUUUUGUGACAAGUGCUUGACAACAGACGUUGCCCUCGCUGUGCUAGAGGACGAUCAGAAGGCUUACCUCAAUAUGGAGGACUACCAGCAGAUCUCUAUUGUACUGCUGUACUACAUAAUCAACUUGCAAGAUCUCUGUGUAGCAAAUGCAGCAUCUCCUUUCUUGCUUUCCUCCGACGCCUCUUCUGAAAACUACGAGCAUUAUCUCUUGGCUCUCACCAAUCUACAUCCCGCUGAAGACAACAGCUUCCUCUCAACCAGUGAAACAGAAAGCAUCCUGCAGCUCAUCAACCAGCACUAUGACCCCUCCAAUGCAGAUUCUCCUUAUGAUUUUCAAUGUAUUGAUGCCAUUCGCCUCUUUAAAGACGUGAAUGUGCAAGAAAGUGAAGGUGCUGGUAUGUCGUCUGUGCCCAAUGUGGCGGCAGCAAUCAUCAGCCAUAUUCUGCAGGGCCACUGUUUCGGACCGAAGGACCUCCCGUCUCCUGCCUUCUUUACAGACUACAUCUUCCAGUCCCUAAAUCGCACCACUAACCUGCAGAUAACAGACUUAGAGGAGUUGCUUCAUCAGCUGGGAAUAGGACGAGGAGACAGCACACACUCUCAUUACAGCAAGAGGGAGAGCAUCGCAGGAAGUUCACAGAAUGGGGCCGGACACUUCCUGGAUGGUUGCAACCAUGAAACAAAAUUAGGCCAUGACUGGGGAGAGGUGUGUUUUUCAGCCAAUCAGCUGGUGGAUAUCUUUGAAUUGAAUCAUACUUCGCCAAUUUCCAAAGAGCACUUCAGACAGAUUUGCCCCGCCAUCAUUCAGCAGUUGCUUGGCAAUGCCUGUGAGUCUGCAGAGCAAAGCAGACAAGGAGCCCUACCCACGCCUUUUGAGAAGUAUGGCUAUAGCACGGCUGCCGUCCUGCUCAUAACUGUUGGCUCCAUGCUCGGUAUCUGUCUGAUCUUCUUCAACUCCUGUCAGGAAACCUACACCCUCAUCCUGCAGCUGUUUGUGGGCCUGGCAGUGGGUACCCUCUCAGGAGACGCACUCUUACACCUCAUACCACAGAUCCUUGGCCUCCAUCAUGACUCUCACAGUCAUGAUGAUGAACUCUUGACAGAAGAGAAAGAGUACCUGUGGAGGAUUCUUGGAAUAAUCGCAGGGAUCUACGGCUUUUUCCUAAUUGAAAGGAUUUUUUCCUUUUUGGUUCCUUCUCAUGGCCAUGGUCAUUCUGGGGACCUUCCCUUACAGCUUAAAUGCAAUGGUCAGUCACAGAGGGGCAAGUCAAUCUCCACUAUUCAGCUGGGAUCAGUGGAAGACUUGGAGUGUGCAGAAACGUCUCCCCAACGCACAGAAACGAGGAGGCCUUCACAUCAGAGUAAGCAGGGACAAGGGGUUCCUCUGCUGGCUGUGAUGGUAAUUGUGGGAGACAGCCUUCAUAACUUUGCUGAUGGCCUUGUUGUGGGAGCGGCCUUCUCCUCUUCAGCAGAGACUGGCAUGGCGACCACCGUGGCCAUCCUGUGCCACGAGAUCCCCCAUGAGAUGGGGGACUUUGCAGUGUUGCUCAGCUCCGGACUCUCAGUGAGGACUGCUGUGCUUAUGAACUUCCUCAGUGCUCUGACGGCCUUCAUGGGUCUGUACAUCGGACUGUUCGUGUCCGCAGAGAUGGAGGUGCAGCAGUGGAUCUUCGCGGUCACUGCUGGAAUUUUUCUAUAUUUGUCGCUGGUAGAAAUGCUUCCUGAGAUGAGUCGAGUGAAGACCGACAGACCAUUCCUCUUGUUUGUCCUGCAGAACCUCGGCCUGUUGAUGGGUUGGGCCUGUCUUCUGCUCCUUGCUCUAUUUGAACAUGAACUCAAAUUCUAAAACAUCACGCAUUAUUUAAAGGAAGAAUGUGCAACUUUUUGAUCCAGCAGAUGUCGCCCUUGAGCUCCAGCAUGAAACCAAAAC